AAUUAUCGACAGAAUUAGUGGCAUUGCCUAGUGGCACGACAUGGCGGCUGCUUCGAUCUUCAAAGAUGUUCCUGGAGUUCCUACAGAUCAUGUUUUCUGUGUCAAUCAGAUGUACAAAGAUGACCAGAAUCCCAAUAAAGUCAACAUGGGAAUUGGAGCUUAUCGCGACAAAGAUGGAAAUCCAAUGGUACUACCAGUGGUUUUGAAUGUUGAGAAGCGACUCGCUGAGGAAAUCGCAUCGAAAAUUCUAAAUCAUGAGUACUUAUCAAUCGAUGGUCUAAAGUCCUUUUGUGAUGCGGCUAGCAGACUGCUUUUGGGAAAUGACAGCCCUGCGCUGGCAGAGAAUAGGGUUUGUUCAGCUCAGGCGAUCUCUGGCACAGGAAGUCUUCGUCUCGGGAUGGAGUUCUUGAAGAAAUUCUACCAUUCAGAAGUUAUCUAUGUCUCCAAUCCUACAUGGGGAAACCACAAGAAGAUGCUCUUAGCCACUGGUUACAAGGCUGAAAACAUCAAGGAUUAUCGUUACUUUGAUAAAGCAACAAAAGGUUUGGAUUUCCAAGGCAUGUGGGAAGAUUUAGAGAAUGCUCCAGAUAACUCAAUAAUCCUGCUUCAUGCCUGUGCACACAAUCCAACUGGAGUAGAUCCCGACCAGGAACAGUGGCAAAGGAUUGCUGAGAUAAUGAAGAGAAAAAAGCUGUUUCCUUUGUUUGACAUAGCUUACCAAGGAUUUGUGUCUGGUGACCCUGAUGAGGAUGCUUGGGCUGUACGCUACUUUGUUAGUCAAGGAUUUGAAAUGGUCAUAGGACAAUCAUUUGCCAAGAACUUUGGAUUAUACAAUGAGAGGGCAGGUCAUACAUGUGUGGUGACAACAGAUAAUGAAACAGCUGAACGUAUCCGUAGCCAGCUCAAAGCAAUCAUCCGCCCAAUGUGGUCAAAUCCACCCAAUCAUGGUGCACGUAUUGUAGCAACCAUACUGAACAACCCAGCCCACGCUGCCGAAUGGCGUGAAACUUUAAGGACGAUGGCUGGGCGUAUUUUAGAGUGCCGAAAACUCCUUUACAACAAGCUGAAAGAACGUGGAACACCAGGAACGUGGAACCAUAUUGUGGACCAGAAGGGAAUGUUUGGAUUUACAGGAUUGAAUGUAAAACAAGUGGAAUUCUUAGCCAAGUCUUACCACAUCUACCUGCUGAACAGCGGACGGGUAAACAUUUGUGGGAUCACUCACCAUAACGUCGACUACAUCGCUGAGGCGAUUCAUGAAGCUGUCACCACAGUUACCGACUGAUCAAGUCUAUAGCUUUUGGUUGCUGGUUAUUUUUGUUGUUGUGAAAGCUAAUCUGUGUGAAACCUGCGUGCGUGCUGACACAUCAUUCACGCCAGUGUGAAAUCGCCCAAGAGGUACUCGUGUGAAUGGAUAAAGCUGACAGUCAUCUCAUAAUUUAACGAUUUGUAUUUACAAGGGACAACGUUUGUCAAUCAGACAAACUGAAAUGCGGUGUGAUCACUUAUAUUUUAAUCGUCCGGUCAAUUGUGGCUGAUUUUAUUUACAAAGGAGGGUCUCAUUUGUAUUAAAAUUUCCCUACUGGAUGAAAUAUCAAUAAACCUUUCACCUUCAAUACAAAGUUGUUAUAGCCAUUGUCAGGGCGGAGCCUGUAGGCCGUUCAGUGAUUUGAUGCAGGAUAAGUGUUGUGAUAAGUUUUGACUCCAAAAAACCCACUUAUUAUAAGAGUGCAAAAAGGACAGGGUGAAUGACAUGCGGAGGGAACGUGCGUUACCUCCAUGAGAGCUCUUCUUGUGCAAAUACAAAUGUUUGGAGAAAUAGUAAAUUUUCCAAUUUGUUCAGGCAAUUUCUUACGCGAAACUUCGUUAAUUACCAUGACUCUUGCUCGCUCAAUUUUAAUCUUACCAGCUCAUGAGCAUAAAUGUUACCUAUUAGUUCAAUAGAAAUAAUAUUCAGUAAUUAUCUUAUAUUCACUUCGUGUUUGCCACAAUAAAAACAUAUCGCGUUUAACUGAAAAAUGCUCAUGAAAUAACAUUGCCGUGGGCACAUUGUUCUCAUCAUAAGAAUCUUUUUACGCCCUGAAAUAUGUGGUCGUCAUGUUGAAAUAAAAAGACGUACACAUCAGUAGA